GAAAGCAUUGCUUCAUAAAAAGGAUAUUGCAGCAUGAAGAAGGAGCAAGUGGCCAACUGUCAGUUUUCGGUUUGGUAUCCAAUAUUCAAGAAACAUACGAUUAAAAGUGUGAUUCUCCCGCUGCCUCAAAAUGUAAUAGAGUAUUUACUGGACGAUGGCACACUGGUAGUCUCUGGAAGUGGCCAUGACAAUGUGCACAAUAACAACAGCAACUCGGACGAAGAAGAGGACAUUCAGUGGUCAGACGAUGAGACAACCACCACUGUCACUGCACCUGAGUUCCCAGAAUUCACUUCCAAAGUGCUGGAGGCCAUAAACACUCUGGGCGGGCGCGUCUUCCCCAAACUCAACUGGAGCGCUCCACGGGAUGCUAACUGGAUUGCUCUGAACAGUUCCCUGCAGUGUGACAGCCUCCGUGAUAUAUUCCUGCUCUUCAAAAGUUCUGACUUCAUCACUCACGACCUGACGCAGCCAUUCCUUCAAUGUAGUGACCAGGACUCCCCAGAUCCAGUCAUUAACUAUGAGCUGGUCCUGAGAAAGUGGAGCGAGCUGAUUCCUGGCGGAGAGUUUCGCUGCUUCGUGAGAGAAAACAAACUGAUCGCUAUCUCCCAGAGGGACUACACACAGUAUUACCAUCACGUGUUGAAGCAGGAGGAGCAGGUCAGUCACGCCAUCCAGGAGUUCUUCAGCCAGCACGUCCAGUACAACUUCCCUGACGAAGACUUUGUGUUUGACGUCUACAGAGAUAGUGAGGGCAGGGUGUGGCUGAUAGACCUGAACCCCUUCGGAGCGCUCACAGACUCUCUGCUCUUCAGCUGGGAGGAGCUGAGGUCAGGAGGGGAGAUCUCCCAGCAACAGGAGGGCCCGGCGUUCCGCUGCACCACCAGCGAGGUGACGGUGCAGCCCAGCCCCUGUCUGAGCUACAGAAUCCCUCGGGACUUUGUGGAUCUCUCCACAGGAGAAGAUGCCUACAAACUCAUGGACUUCCUCAAACUGAAGAAAAGCCAACAGGAAGCUUCUGAGGAAGAGGAGGAAGAGGGAAAUGCUCCAAAGUGAAUCUGAAGCCCUCCACACGAUGUCGUCUGCAUGACUCUCCACCCUCUGUCCUGCUAGAGCUUAUUUUUCCUUUCAGCCUGUGAGCGGUACGCGCUGUACUCCAGGUCUUUGAACAUCUGUCUGGUGUUAGUCUAAUGGAACAUGCUACAUUAGCGCAGCAUGCUAACGGCUCUCUGAGGACUCAUGUUCUGCUCGGACACUGCUGAGCCGUCCAGCACUUUAUUAAGGGGGGGGUGUUACUGCUGCGGGAUGUAUUCUCUCACACUGUGUAGAACGGCUGAUUUUAUACUUUGAAAUAAGUGUGUUUAAUAGUUUGAUUGUCUUUCUUGCUGCUGGAUUUAAAAGGAACUCACACAUUUAAUUGAACUAGUGUGUUGUGAGGCUGUGACAGAUCCAACACUAACGCUGUUUGUCACUUUACAUUUCCCCCGCCCUCCUCCUCCAUCUCUCCCUGCCUAUCCCCUCUGAACACUUUUGACACACUCAUUGCUCCGAAGUCGCUCCAGGCACUCUUUCCCAGUCCUGUUUUCCCAUCAUGCAUUGCUUUAGACUGUUGCUUCGAAAGAACACCAUUAAACUUGUUGUCGUGUAUCGGCUCGGCUGUCAGUCUGGGGUGGGGGGCUGUAAAAACGGCACAUUACAAAAUGGAUUGUUCUUUUUUACGCAGCAUCUCUCAUUACGCCAGGAGCUAAAUGAGCUGUGUGCGCACACAGCAGGGCACUUCAUUUCGGCUUGGUUUUUUUCUUCACUCCUGGCAGAGCAAUUACAGUGCGAUGGAAAGAGCCGGUGUGAUCAGAGUUACACCUCCUCAGUGUACGAGGGAAUAGCGUGGGGUACGUUGCACAUUGAUAUAUAAUUGAUCAUAAUUUGAAAUAAAAUCGGCCUGUAAACAAAGCACCAGAACAGCAGCAGGUGAAGGAUAGGCUUCACUGUUUACCAGUAAAUACAGAGUUUAGCCAACGAUGAACUCCAAUCCUUCUACCAACAAUCGUAAUGUGAGAAAUAUGAUAAUACAAAAAGAAUCCAUUUCAUUUAGUGAAUUGUAAAGAUGAAUAAAUUGCUCCUUUAUUA